AAGUAAUGCACGCGCAUGCAGGCGUACAAUUUAUGCAAGGAUGUGUCAGCAUUGAACAUUCGCUCACUUAACUUCGAAAUCAAGUGAUUCGAACAUUUCCAUCAUCUGCUCUGCUCAUCACGUCAAAUCAACCUCAUAAUCGCAAGGCCUAGGAUGCGUCGCCAUGCCGCGGCCCAGCAGCUGCUAUCAUCAACUUUGACGCCUUUUCUGUAUCCUUGUCUGGACGGCGCGUGGACUUGUCGAGUACCGUCAAGACUUCGCCAUGGAGUGCGCCAUCUAAGCACAACGGCAUCCGCGCCGGCGCCUUUGACGUCGAAGAAUGUCAACGUCAAUCAAUUUGACCAUCUCAAUCCCGAGCCACCGUCCUAUUCCUCGCAGCCUUUUGUCGAUGCCUGCACUUUGCGAAUCGCCUCUGGUGGCGGCGGACAUGGAUGCAUCUCCUUCUUGCGAGAGAUGUUCAUCGACAAUGGACCACCGAAUGGAGGCGACGGAGGCAGUGGCGGAUCUGUCUACAUUCAGGCUGUAAGAGGUGAAACGAGUCUUCAUAAGAUUGCACGAAGAGGCACGGUUGCCGCAGGUCGAGGGAAGAAUGGAAUGGGAAAGAUGCGAGGCGGAGGUCGAGGAGAAGAUGUGCUGCUUACAGUGCCAGUGGGCACGGUUGUGCGCGAGGUUACCAGAUACGAUCCGGUUAUUGAGGAGGAGAGGCUAUACAGAGAAUCACGGAGACGGAAGCGGAGGGCAGAAAUAGAGGCAGCUGCAGCUGCAGCUGCACAGAAUAAUGAUGAUGGUGGUCAUUUCCGACGAGAUCGCUGGCUGAUUUACCCUGGAUUUCUCCCGAGAGCUUUCUCCACAGCUGAGAUUCCUGCCGUGCCUCGACCCAGACGAAGCAGUCUCUUCGCGCUGCAACCGGCUUCUCCCUUUUGUCUCAACCUUGAUGCGCCGAUGGACGCACCGAUGCUGCUGGCAGCAGGUGCGAUGGGCGGCCUUGGCAACCCUCACUUCAUAACAAAGACAUUGCCGAAACCGAAAUUCGCCUUGAAAGGAGACGAUGGUAUGCGGAUCGAACUCCAUUUGGAACUAAAGAUUCUUGCAGAUGUUGGUCUCGUCGGUCUUCCGAAUGCUGGAAAGUCUACACUACUACGAGCGAUCACCCGCUCAAGAACGAGGAUCGGUGACUGGGCAUUCACUACACUCCAACCUAAUAUCGGCACAGUAGUGCUCGAUUCAUAUGCUGGUCGUCCUACCACCAAAGGAAAGACUCCGAGGACCAAUUUUACCAUCGCCGAUAUUCCUGGGCUCAUCGAAGGUGCACACCUUGAUCGCGGUCUCGGCCUGGGGUUUCUCCGUCACAUCGAGCGUGCUGCGGUGUUGGCAUUCGUCGUGGAUCUCAGUGCUGGCGACGCAGUUCAAGCCUUGAAGGGUCUAUGGCAUGAAGUCGGACAGUACGAGAGAUUGCGCGAUGGCCGAGGCGGAUAUGAUGCUGCUCAGCCGUUGUCCACAUCAAUUGAGCCAGACAGCUCAAAUUCCAAAUCAAAAGGGAAAGGUAUUACUGGCGAACAAGCUCUCCUCGAGGCGCUCAAAUCCCAGAAUGACGCCGCAGCUGCAGCCGCUUCUGGAGCUUCAAGUUACCCGGAUUUGCCCCAGCUCAUUCUCCCCCCCAUCAGCAGUAAACCUUGGUUCGUCAUUGCGACCAAAGCAGAUCUGCCCGAAACGCAGGAGCGAUUCACAGAACUUCAGGCAUACCUUGCCAAAGUCCAGAACGGAGAGGAAGAGCAUCCUUGUCGAAGUGCUAGCGCGCACGGAAAAGCAGAUGAGCGAGAGGAGAUUGAUGAUCCUUGGCGCAAGAGACUGAAGGCGGUCCCCGUCUCGGCAAUUAGCAAGCAAGGCGUCGAUGGGUUGCCACAGCUUAUCUUGGAGCUGCUGGAUGAGGAGUGAUGUAUCACCAUGUAAUAUCAUUUUAGUGUCCGUGAGGAAUCCAUGAAACCGAUGCUAUUUUCCCCUAAAGACUGAUUGCGGCUGUUUUAAGACCCGUGUCAUCUGUAGCUCGAGUACUUACGACAGACGCACUUCUCACUUGCUCUGGAGGAGUUUUGUACACUGGCGGUGCGAUGUCCUCGGCCGAGGAGUCUAGCCGGUCUUGGCUUGGAGGACGACAAGCCUGGUGAUGUGACGUAGCGCAACGUCGGCGUGUUGAGUCAUGAUGAAGCAUUUAUAUAGUGG